GGACAUUGCGUGCGACGACUUGCGUGACAUCUACACGAACAUCGUGGACCGCGUCGGCCCUGGCUACAGCGACAUCGAGAUCUUGAAUUUCAUCGACAAGAAGUGGCUCUUCUCAGCUGAAUGGUCUCAGAAGGUACUUACGCCAGCAGGGGGGUUCGCCAUCAGCCGCCACCCGCAGAACAACCAUGGGCGCGGAGACGCAGCGAGCAUCACGGCUAAGCGCAAAUCCAUGGAGACCAUCGGGAUUCGCACCGAGCUCUCUUCGCCCCCAUGGUUUGUGCAAUCACCUGAAGGCGCUGACCCUGCCUGCGCCUUGGCCCUGCACUGGGGCACGCGCUUCGACGGCCUCAAGGAGGCGUGGUUGGCUGACAAGGAGGGAAAGAACGUCUGCGUGCAGACGUCCGUGACGAUGACGCUGAAGGGCUGCCGCAUGUACGUGAGGAACAUCCCAGCUGACGCGGCGAAGUUCUUAGUCAACUGGGGGAACAGCACCAACGAGAACACCAGCAUCACGACGCCGCUGGAAGUGCUGAUGUCGUUGGAGCCCGUGCCCGCUGCUGCCAGUCGGCACGCGAAAGCCAUGCGGUGGUCGUCUGACUGGCCCCCGAAGCCCGAGCAGGAGGAGGCCAAGAGGUGCAUCGCGAAUGAGAUGACCAAGAACUACCAGUGGGCUACCUACACAGGCUUGGAGAGAGCUUUAACAUUGUUCAAGCACUCCCGCAAGACGCCCAUCAACGCCAAUGACCCAGACAGCAAGUCCGUGUGGGACGACAUGGAGGACCUGUUCAAGGCAACCGUCGAUGGGCCGCAGCUGCAGAGCAACUUGUACGACAACUUCUUCCACCUCAGCGCGAACGUCACCAAGCAUCUGAAGGACAGCCACCCCGAGUGGAUUGCGCCGAUCAUCAUGAUGGGAUUGCCCCGCAGGGAGAAACCAUGGGGCUCGUGCGCGCUCAGGCCGAACGGCCUUCCUCUGCUCCGUUCGGCUACAGACCAGGCAAUCAAGGAUCUCGUGACCAACAUGGAUGCCAGCGAAGCGGUGAAGAUGGAUGCCAAGGAGGCCGCUGACGCCGCCAGCGGUCGCGUCUGCGGCAACGGCGGCAAGGGGGCGAAGCCGAAGAGAGGCUGCAAGACCAAGGGCCGCGGCCGCGGCAGUGGGAGAGGGAGGGGCAGUGGAGUCGGUAUUCCCAGAUCAGCUGUUCCCAGGGUGGUCCAAUCCCGAUCUGCAGCUACCGUUGCCAGCUCCACGGUCGCGCCGGCGGUGCCGAUCACCGAUGCAGGUCCAGCCGGCGGCCCAGCGACGUCGCUGACGUCGCUCACCUUUCUUCAGCGCCUUGCCGCGGAUAAGAAGAUGAUGCUCCGGAUAGCGCCUGGCAGCGAGGAGGACAUCGACGCUUUCGAAAAACUAGCGUUGUUCGGAGUUCUCAAGAAAGGUGUCAAGCUCAUUGUCAAGAACAGGGACACUGAGAAGAACGUAGUGCAGUACAGCACGCUGAGGAAGCUGUUCAAGAUGGUUCUCUACAAGAAGGGCGCUGGCACUACUGGUAGGACAUUGGAGCCUCGGCCAUCGGACCCCGACCGCGAGAUGCUCAUUGAGGGCAAGGCUUUGGAGGAUUACGGGAAGGAAGAUGAGCCUCUGACGCCUGAGAAAGUCAUCGAGCAGGCGGAUGGGCUUCGGGAUGCAGCCAAGGGGGCCAUCGAGUACAUCUGCCAGAACUCUCCGUUUGAAAAACACAUCAUGUCGCAGCCAGAUGCAACGCAGCGCCAGUCCAAGGUCAUGCUCAAGAUGUUCCAGGAGAGCUCGGCAAACGGUGGAUCCUUUGCGAGCAAGGAUGUGGCCUUCAACAGUCUCGUCGAGGGUAUCUUGGCCGAGGUGUGCGACGCGUUCCCCCCGAGCUUCGACGACGUUGCCAAGUUCAUCGAGAACGCCGUCAACCUUGACUUGAAGGAUCGGCCCGAGCUGCAGGACUUCAAGCCGCUCUUCGUUGACGACAGCCGUAGCUUCAAGCCGAAUGUCUUGCUGAUGAUGCGUCUGGAGGUGUUCUUCUACAUGGCCGCGAACGUCGGGGCGACCUCGAUUCUGGUGCGCGAGGGCCCCGUCAUCACCCCCGUGGCCUUCAUGGGCAAGUUUCUGCUCGAGGUCGUCCACAGCCAAUUGCCAGUCUUGGUGACGUCGGACACUUCUGUUCGGAACAAGUUUCUCGACACCCACUUCGGCAAGGCAGCGGCGGGGUGCUUGGGCCUGCGGCAGAUCGUGCAGAGCUUCGUGGAGAUUGCGCGCGAGAAGCAGCAGUUUGUCGAGACGCACGAUUGGGGGGUGUACGAAGCAGCGAGGGCGCAGCUGGUGGCAGAGCUUCCGCGUGCAACGAAGCCAUCGAAAGCAUGGCCUGACAUCCUGCGGGCGUCGGGUGGGUGGGACGAGUCUUGCAUGACAGUUGACCCGAAGGUCGACAUCUUCCCAGAUCUGAGGGCGCGGGCGAUCAAGGAUCUCGUAGCGACGUUCGACCAGAAAAACAAGUUGCAGAUGGAGGCGCUCCACAUCAGAAGAAAUCCCAGCGAUGCCGUGGUGCAGACGUUCACCGAGGCGUUUGUGCCGAAGCCCAAGCUUGAUACGGAGUCGGAGCCAGUAGCGCAGCCCGCCUUGCCCGCCGUAGAGCCCCUGGACAAGUACAUGCUGGACUUGGCAGCAGCUGAGAUCAAGAAUGACUCCAUCAGCGUGGCGUACAAGAAGACCCUGAUCGCGAAGGCGAACUUGAUGUUCGCAGAGGUUGCUUGUGGGGACCCCUACAAGAUGAACAAAGCCUACGGCGUGCCGUCGUCGAAGGAUGGCGCUGGCCCGAAACUCAUCCCGAUGAAGACAGAUGAGAAGGACAACCCUGCUGAACUUCUUCUCUGGGGUCGCGUCGUGGAACCCCAAGAAGCACAAUACGUGAGCCGCCAGAUGUUGGUGGACAUCGGCGAUAACGACGGCAAGGGCCCGCAGCUGUACCUCGACGGGACGAAGGCUUCGAAGCCUGGCAGCAGUCAGACGUGCUGGGGAUGGUCAGUGCUGCCUCUCCCAGUGCCGAAAGCAAAGGCAAAGGCCAAGGCCGUGACGAAUGAGCCCGAGCCGAAAGAGCUGCCCAGGUGGCUUCCUCAGCCUCCUGCGGCCGCUGCGGUUGCCCCGAAGCGGACGCCGAAGGCCAAGAGUCCCACGGUGGCCACGCACGAGCUGGCGUUCGAGAGUCGCGAGCUCCUGAUGCCAGAUGGCACUAAAUACAGGUACAAUCUGCCGCGCGUAGUGGCACUCGAGAACGGGUUCGACCACGCCUCGCAGCAAGACAACAAGCUGUACCGCAAGCGCGUGGAGUUGGACGACAAGGAAGUGAUCGUCGAGAAGCGGGCCAAG